AAUGAAAAUCGAGAGACACGCGGCAACCCGCAAAGUGUAAGAGUGUGGAUCUGGCACCUUUGAUCGAGUUCCCUUUUUUUUGGGAACUCGAAAACCCUCGUUUAUUUAUAAUGAUACCGGGAGAGAGUGGGAUAAAAGGGGUAACAUCAUUCUGGGAAAUAGUAGACGACUCUCUGUGGAAUAGGACGAGUAAAUUAAACCCUGAGAGCGACAGAAUAACUGCGACGGCUGUGUUAGACUUACCGACUUUUAAUGACACUUGUCAGGUUAAAGUUUACGGCACUGUCACUUAUAAGAUGGAUGAAAUGGAACUGCAAGCACCUGUUAACUUUCUCAGUCUUACAACAACUCAGGCGAUUGACAAAUCAUUAACACCAAGGUACGCCAAAGAUCUUCAUCAAAGUGUAGUUGCUAUGAAAGCUGCCGCUAUUGAGAAAGUAAUAGCGGUUCCGCUGCAUGCAGAUGGACGGGGUAUCAAAAUACUCAGCUUCAUCGAAAAUAAAGAUUUCCAAGAAAUUUUGAAUGAUGUUCAUGUUUCGAAAAAUCCUGAAGUUUUCCGGAACUGUUUGAUUGAAGUUUUGUCUGUUGAAAGCGCUGUUACUAUGAGGAUUUCUGCAAGGUCGACGGCACAACUGAAUAUUUUAAUUCACAUGCUCCAAGCGGAAUUUCCGGAUGCCAUUGAGACAGGAAAACAGGAUAAAAUCACCGACGCAGUGAUUGCACUAGAAAACGAAAUAAAAUUGAAACUUGGGUGUGAUGAACCCACCAAUCUACUUAAGGCCAAAGUCGUCACUGACUUAUUAGUCCCUUAA